GGGGAGAGACAUGGCCUCUCCGUAGGUAGCACCUCAACUAUACACCCAACUGUGCUUCCUCCCUCUUUCUCCACUUUAGUUUCCUCAUCCCUCCUUCUCCCUCAACUUGAUUAGUUGUGAAAAUGGAGAAGCAGAGUUGCUGCAGAAGCUUCCUCCAGAAAUCAAAACCCUACUUAGCCAUGAUGUCGUUGCAGUUCGGCUACGCUGGCAUGAAUAUCAUCUCCAAGGUCUCCCUCAAUGGCGGCAUGAGCCACUACGUGCUCGUCGUUUAUCGCCAAAUUAUCGCCACCGCCGUCAUCGUCCCCUUCGCUCUCUUCUUUGAGAGGAAAGCUCGGCCGAAGAUUACAUUCCCGAUUUUCAUGCAAAUCUUCGUUCUCGGCCUUCUAGGGCCGGUGAUUGACCUGAAUUUCUACUACGCCGGUCUAAAGUUUACGUCGCCGACGUUCUCCUGUGCGAUAAGCAACAUGUUGCCGGCGAUGACAUUUGUAAUGGCAGUAAUAUUUCGGAUGGAGAAGAUAAACCUCAAGAAGGUGAAGUACCAGGCGAAGCUGAUCGGGACGGUGUUUACAGUGGGGGGAGCAAUGGUGAUGACGCUGUACAAGGGUCCGGUGGUGGAGAUGCUGUGGUCUAAACACGUCCAUCCUCUCAAAUCCGCCGCGCCUCAUCAGUCUACUGCCACUGCAACUCCUGAUGAUAAGAGCUGGUUCAAGGGCUCCAUCUUCCUCAUCAUCGCCACCCUUGCUUGGGCCUCUUUCUUCAUUUUGCAGACCGUGGCGCUGAAAACAUACAGGAAACAUCAGCUGACGCUGACAUCACUGGUAUGCUUCGUGGGAACUCUGCAGUCUAUAGCCGUCACUUUCGUUAUGGAACACAAGGCCUCUGUUUGGUCCAUCGGCUGGGAUAUGAACCUCCUCGCUGCUGCCUACGCUGGUAUUGUGGCUUCAAGCAUUUCAUACUAUGUGCAAGGGUUGGUCAUGAAGACAAAAGGGCCUGUUUUCGCGACGGCUUUUAGCCCUUUGAUGAUGAUCAUCGUUGCAGUCAUGGGUUCUUUCAUCCUCGCAGAAAAGAUCUUCCUUGGAGGUGUGUUAGGGUCGCUCCUGAUAGUUAUAGGGCUUUACUCGGUUCUGUGGGGGAAACACAAAGAAGAGAAGGAGAAGGAAGCAAUGGAGAAAGCCAACGCCAUCCCGGAAGCCACCAAGGGAACUCCGGCAAGCGGCGGCGCCGUCGUACUGCCGAGCAUCGGAGACAUCGAAGCCAAUGGCUUGGAAUUGCAGAAACAAGAAGCCAACAACAACAAGCUUCCUAAUUCAGUGGCCAUUGCUUUACCCAUAUCCGACAACCCGACCAAAGCCAGCCAAGAUGCCUGAGCCACAGACCACAUUAACCACAUCUAUCUCUCUUUUUUUUUUUUUCUUUUUUUCUGGGCUUUUGUUUUUGACUUUUGGUCGUUUGACUUUUUUUUUUUUUUUUUUUGGGUUUUGGGUUUUGUGGUUUUAAUUUAAUUUCGAAAUGGAGCGGAGCUUUUGGUAGCCACAGGCCACAAUUAAUGUAAGCUAAAAUUUCCAAGGACUUGUAAUAAUAACUAAAAGCACUAAGAGAAAUCGGAAUCUCUUUUUCUGAUU